CGCACAUUUUCAUAUAUAAUACUCCAUGUAACGGCUAAUUUACAAUGGUACAAAAAUUAUGUCAAAGUGACGAAAUAAUUUCCGAGAUGUGUCACAGAUACUUUUUAGUGCGGCAAGAAAGAAAUUCGCGCUUGCGCGCCUGCGUAACGAUUGUAAACAAAACAACACCUUGAUCCGUGAACUCCCAGCAUCCCCCAAGGUGCGUGAUUCAAAAGUUUUAGGCUGGUAGGCCUAUAAGUAUUUUUCCGCGAAUUUUAAAAAAAACUUUUGUAAGUCGACGUAAAAUACGUCCAGUCGGCACACGGGAGACAAAAAAUGUCGACGUAAAAUACGUCCAGUCGGCGUAAGAGGGUUAACUGUUAAAGGCUUGUCAGAGGGUUUUACUCAUCUGGAGAGAGCCUUGGCUUCUUUUGAGGGAGAAGACCCUAACGUUGUCAGGUCUGACAAAAUCCGGAGAGGGAUCAUGGAUUUGGUAACUUUUUACAAGGAAACCCUGAAGGAGAAGCAGAUGAAGAAAAGUGUGCAGUCUAGGCUUGACACUUUCUUCCACAAGUCUCCAGUACCACCUCCCACUCCUAGUCCUGAAGUGGUGCCAAAUCCAGAUCCCCCUGUACUACCUGGACCCUCCGUAGCAGCCCGUCCACCUCUAGCAGACCCAUUUGAUAGUGAGGAUGACCCAGAUGACCCUGAGCCUUUCCAUGGUUUUGAUGUCUCGCCCUAUUCAUCAGAUGUAGCCUCCUCAGAGCCCAAAUAAGUUGAUACGACUACCAUUAUGACCUCUCCAACUCCAUCAGACUCCCAAGCACCUGCAAAUUCCACUCCAUAGCCCAGCCACUCUCAUCUACAUACCAUAUGCCCAUCCCAGUAAGCAAGCCAACCACUAGAAUUUGACUGACAUGCACCUUGUAACGUACAUAAACCAGACCUCUACAUAGCCUACAUCUCUUCAUUUCACUAAAGGCUGCCCAUCACCUUCUCAAGCUCUCAUCCUAGCCUGUCAUCUGUAUAAAGCACACUGAAGUUAGGCUCCCUACACAUGCAUACUAUCUCCAUCUCCAUCUCCCACAACCUAGCUAACAGCUUUGAUACUCACUAAAAGUUGAAACCCUGAAUGAUGUAGGCUAUGUGGCCACAAAAAACUUUGUCCAGGGUUACAUAGCAUGACAACUUUAAACUAAAAGUAAGGAAUUACAUACAUUCACUCUUUUACUCUUGAUAUACUCUACUUUACAUAUUGCAUUCAGGACUUUGUGUAGUAUUUUCUGGGCCUAACCUGUGUCGCUCCCUGAAAUAUUCCUAUAGCACUCAUUUCUAAGGUAUAAAUAUUGCUAAAUAUACAAGAUUGCUAAAUAUACAAGAGAAAAAGCUACAUUGGAUUAUACUAGAAUAAAUCUGGUUCGCUCACCCCUGUAUAGGGUGUCGGUAUAAAAACUGGGGCGAGUGAAACACUACCAGAGGUCUCCUGCCAUUUAUUCUCUUCCUUUGUCAAUUUCCCCCGUUCCAAAGAGGAGCCGUACCAAAGCCAUCUACUGCCUGCUACUGCUACAACUGCCUCG